CUGUCAGAUGAGUUGUCAGUCGUCAUUCGAUCUAUCUUAUAAACAAUAGCCGUGGAUUGCAUAUGUAUUGCGUCAAAGCAGCGUAUGCAAGAUAAUUUAAUAUUACCUCACGUGGAGAUGUCACUCCUCAGGAAUGUUUGAACACGCAAACGCCAUGGCGAGUCCUGUCGAGGAAAUAAAGGAGCCAUUAUCCGUGAAUAACAAAGGAUAUGUCUCCAAAGAUAUGACUCCAAGGAUGUCGAUAUCCUAUGAAGAAAUGGCCACGAAGCUUCUCAACGAGAAGCUCUUCCUAACGGCUUUAGAAUUGCAUGCUGAAUUGUGCGAAGCUGGAAAUGAGCUACCAAUUCUCAGGGAGUUCUUCUCGAACCCCAACAAUUUUGAGAACUCCAACAUCAAGCCGGAACCAUACACACCAAUGCCCAGAUCUUCUAGUCAAGCAACUCUGGAUUCCUUGGACAUGACACGCUAUUCGGAGGAUGGAGCUGGCGUUGAUGAGAGAGUGGCCAUUCUGGAAUUUGAACUACGCAAAGCCAGAGAGAAUAUUUCUGCGCUGCGCGCUAAUCUCACUGUAGUAACAGAGCUGGAAGGUACACUAAAGACGCCAGAUAAGAGUUCGGAGAAGAGCAUGGCUACUGAGCUUCCCAUAAAACCGCACGAACAACGUGCGUUGAACUUUCUCAUCAACGAAUAUCUGCUGGCAAGAUCUUACAAGCUUACCUCGAUUACCUUCAGUGACGAGGGCGAGGAUCAGGAUUUCGAGGACUGGCAGGACGUGGGUUUAAAUAUCCCUAAGCCCGCGGAAUUAUUACAGAUAUAUCGGGAGUACAUGAGAGCCAAUGGAUACGAUAAACCUCCAUCUGCAAACGUCGCUGUGCAAACAGAUUUUGUUGUCGAGGAAGUUGAGGAACAGAAAAAUGAACUUCAGGAAAUGACAGAACAGAUUGAAAGGCUGCAGCAGCAAGUCGUAACGCUAGAACAGGAGAAGCUUGCCCUCCAGGAUAUUAUUUCAGCGCAAAAGGAGAACGUUAAUGAACACCCAGUGAAGUCAGGUAGCUGCGGAACUAUUCGUACUAUCAAUUCCAGCUCUACGACUCCCGACAAGUUUGAACUGCUUGAAUCGCUACCAAGAGAUAUGUCGAAUACCACUCAGGAACCGGAAGAGGACGACAGCGCUUCCGCGGUAAUUAGUCUAGACGAAACGGAUCCAGGAGACAAAGAAUGGACCAGGCUACAGUUACCUAGAAUAAAUGUUACAGAGAAAUCCUCCGUGCUACCAACCACAUCCUCCAGGGACUUGCCAACAAAGUUCAAAUUGGAAGUAGCAACGCACUGCUUGGCGAACGUUUCGGGAUCAGUGAUGACCUCGGUGGAGGAGUCAUUAAAACGCGGAAUCACCCGGGAGACAUUAGCCGAGAUUCUGGCUUCCACCCUACCGCGUAUAAUGCCCAAUAUUAUCCUGAACAAACGCGAGGAGAUCAUUCCGUUGAUACUCUGCGCGAUUCAUCUGCAUUCCAGUUCUAGCGAGAGGGAGAAGUUGCUGCAAUUGAUGUUCAACUUGAAGAAAAGGCCGCAGGAAGACGAGCGCCAAAUGAUACUGGCCGGCUUAGUCGUGAUGGUAAAGCUUACGGAGGAACCGUUGGAGAGCGAAGAAAUUCUGACAAUCUGUUGGGAGCAGAGUCAACACAAGUACCCAGAGAGAAGAUUAUUGGCUGUCGAGUGUUGCUCCGUGCUCGCGUCCUACACGUCCGCUUCCAUUCGGAAUUCGCUCAUGCUGUCGAUGUUGCAGCAGAUGCUGUUGGAAGAUAAAGAUCCAGUUGUUCGAACCAGCGUCGUGAGAAGUCUUGCGCUACUCAUAGCUUUAAUGGACGAUCCUGACAAAUAUUUCCAGUGUGAAGAAUUGGCGUUAACGGCGCUUCAUGAUACAUCAUCGAUGGUCGUUGAGACUGCAUCGUCGGUAUUGUUACCAGUCUUGGCGCAGUGGGCGUUAUCUUUGAAAAGACUGCAUUUGAACCUGCUGCCGCGUAUAAUUUCAAAAGUGAAAAACCAGCUGAAACCGGCGCAGUCUCAGACUUCGCCGAGCAAGGACUACGUCGACGAGGAAAAAUUGAUGCCGUCGAUCGGUUUUUUGCAAUACAUCCUGCCAUACACGGUCUUGUGCGUUGCUGACACCGACGUAGUGCGAGCUUCCGUUGAGGAUGGAAUGUCGUCGGAUUUGUCCGAGGAAUUUUUGGCCUUGUGCCACUCCAAUAUCAUCGACCCGAGGAUAUUCUACGAGGGUCCCGUCGACGUUGGUGUCCUCCUCAAUACCUUCUUCUCCAGAUCCUGGGAAGACGCGUCCUGGCCAGAACUCGAGUGGUUUACCAACAAAUUGAUAUUUGAUGUUUUGGAGAUGGUGAAGUUUGUGGACGCGGCGCAUGAAAAUGUUCUAAGAACGCUGCUUAUGUACAUCCACUCAUUGUGCGUGGGUUUUGGGAAAUACAUCACGCGUGCCAAGAUACAAACGGCGUUCUUCCCGGAAGUAUCAGAACUCGAGAAGCAGUUGACAGCGCUGUCGACAGAUAAGAAGAGCAUGAGCCUUACGUUGAUCCCGAGUUAUCUGGUGAUCCUGAGCACCGUCGAUUCCACAGAGCUCGCGAACUGUUUCAAACAGUUCCUCGUGCUUUUGUCUAUGAACGGCACCAGCAUAUCCUGGCUGCAAAUCGCCGCAAGCAUUCUAUGUGCUCGUGAACAAACACAGGAAUAUGUCCUUGCUAGUUUAUGGGAUGGUGUAGUGCACCAAAGGUCUACCGUAAGAUGCGCGUCUGCGACGUUAUUCGGUUCCGUCAUCGCACAUGUCUCGGACCGAUUGGCGAACGCCAAAAUCGUACCGGCCAUCGUGACGCUUUCCAGCGAUCCUGACGUUGGCGUACGUUGCGCCGCAAUUUCCUCGCUAGGCCGGAUAAUAACCGAAUGUAAGGUGAGGGAAGCACGCGACAAGGCUCGGUUAACACUGGAAACGAUCGCUAAGGAUCCGCAAGGACUCUCGCAAACUCUGGCAGUUACAUUAGCAUCAACCUUCGCGUUUAUCGCUCCCACUUGCCCACAGAGUUACAUAGAGGACAUAAUAGCGACGCAGUUGUCUACGAUUGCUUCGUUCGCACUCCAACAAAGUCGCAAAGUCGAGCUUGUAAACGCGCUGGUAGAGGCGUAUUCAGUGCUGGUCUAUUGCCCAUUAAGCAGUCAAUGCGUUUCCGGAGUGGUGCUGCCGGGAUUGCGACAUCUCGAGACGCUAGUAAAUCAGUGCUUGCCUCAACAGAAGGACGCGGUGCGCUCGUUGCUCAGGGAAACGGAGUCCAGGCAGGACUUAUCGAAACCGAUAGAGAGGACUCUCUCGACGAGUUCCGGACUCUCGUUAUCCAUGGCGACGGUGAACGUCGGUCAAGGUGUCGAGGAUAUGCGCCAAAGGAUGAGCAAGAUCUUUCAACAGAAAACCGGAACGCCCAGCAUGCCGAAUAUAUUUCGCAAGAAAUAGACUCUUGGCGAGAAAUUCCGAUAAUCGAGGAUAAUAAAAUUUGUCGCGAGUGUUUCGCUGAGAUCUUUGCUAGUGAAAUACUCAAGAGAGCAAUCACAAGGUUGUUGUUAGACGUAAAAAUGUAUAAUGUUGUUUUAACAAAUGUUAACUUAUUUUUUUAUUACGCUAGCUAAGUAAGUGAUGUAUAAAUUAUUUUGUUUAAAUACCAAUGAGAUAAGAGAAAUUCAUAAAUGGAA